CAUCUUGCGGAAGCAAAUUAGAGGUAAUACCCAACUUCCCGCAGAUCCUCAUAAUUUAAUCCAUCUGGCUCUUUGUACAGAAACCAAAGAUCCAUCAUGGCUGAGGAACAAAAAGUUGUYGUCGACCCGCCGCCAUGGCACACCAUGAGCAAAGAGGAUGUCAUCAGCGAGCUCRACCUCCCUGCUGACAUCCGAAAAGUCGGUCUCACGUCGAAGCAGGCAGCUGAGAGGCUCGAGAAAUACGGAGAAAACAAGCUGACCGAAAAAGAAAAGGAGACUCUUCUUCAAAAAAUCUGGAACCAGGUCAACAAUAUUCUUGUGCUUAUCCUCGUGAUUGUUGCUGUUAUCUCGUUAAUUUCGGCAUUYGUCAUUCCAAACGAGGUCAACCCUCGAUACACCAACUGGAUUCAAAUUGCCAUUAUCAUGGGAGUCAUCAUGUAAGUYAAUUUUGGUGGGAUUCAAAAUGAUUUUGUCAUACGCACUUCUUGAUGCCAAAACUUGUCUGAUUAUUCUCAUGUUCAUUGAUACCWAAAAAAUGUCUUCGCUUUUCAACUUUUAUCGUAUGUUUUAUUYGAUAACUACAGUAUCAACACCAUUAUCGGUCUUAUCCAGGAAGGUUCUGCUGAAAAAUCUGCCGAAGCAUUGAAAAACAUGCUUUCGUCUGAUGCUGUCCUCAUYCGCGAUGGCGUGGARACAAAGGUACCCGCUGSAUUGAUUGUUCCUGGAGAUGCUGUCGUUUUGAGCCUUGGUGAUCGUAUCCCUGCUGAUCUUCGAGUCAUCGAGGUGAACAACAUGGCCUCUGCCGAAGCCGCCCUUACCGGCGAAUCUGUUCCUAUCGAGAAGGUUGUGRASAAAAUCGAYCUCAMGGAUGGACAGCUACCAAAGCAGGUUCCACUUGGAGACAGAAAGAAUAUGUGCUUCAGUGCCACCCUUAUUGCUCAGGGUUCCGGUGUUGGUAUCGCUGUCGCSACUGGUGAYGAGACAGAGAUUGGUACUAUCAACAAGCUUGUGAACAGUCAAGAAAAGACCAAGACUGCCGUGUUGGAGCAGAUCGACACGAUCUCCCUCUAUCUCGCAGGGUUCAUCAUGWCUGUCGCCUUGAUCACCUUUUUGUACGAAUGGUUGCACAUCAAGACCUCCCCUAUCAUGGCUCUCAACACUUCGUUGGUUUGCGCCGUUGCCAUGAUUCCUGAAGGUCUCGAAGCCAUUGUUACAGUGACGUACGCCUGGUCAACCAACAAAAUGGCUGGUCUCAACGCCAUUGUCCGUGCACUUCCUGCCGUCGAAACACUUGGUAGUGUCACCGUCAUCUGCUCCGACAAGACUGGAACUCUCACUACCAAUGUCAUGUCGAUGACAGCGUUUGUGACUUCCAAUGCUCACUACAAGAACAACGUACAUGCCACCGAGAGAACACCCGACAAUCUUGUUCGUGACGACACCUUUUUCGGCGAAAAGGCCGAUAUYGCCAAGGUUAUUCGUCGCAACGAGGCCAAGAAGAACGGCGGCGAAGUUGCUGYCGAAGAAGGAGAGGUGGAAGCCGAAUCCGAUGUCAARAUUGAUCCCAACGAUAAGACACCAGUUGGACAGGGAGGAAGCGCUUCAUCCGAAUUCUGGCGGCAAGCYCUCAUCGGAGGAGUCAUGUGUUCGAAAUGUACCCUCGGAAAGGAUGGAACCCGUGAAGGAGAGAUUGGUAACCCAACCGAACUUUCCAUUCUCCGCGCUGCUUACUGGUCUGGUGUCGACGUCAACAAGGCAAAAGAUGCUARCCCUAUCAUCGCCGAAGUCCCAUUCAGCUCUGAAUACAAAUUUAUGGCAACUGUUCACGACUCCUGUCCYGAAAACGACGGCCCUGGCAUGGAUGACAAACUCAUCAUUCACGUGAAGGGAGCUCCCGACAGAAUGGUAAAGCUCUGCAACACUCAAGCAGUUGCCGGACAACUKGGAAAGACUGAGCCAAUCAAUGCYGACUUUUGGCAAGAACAGAUUGCUAUUUUGAGUUCACAUGGACUUCGAGUUCUUGCGUUGUUGCGUGGAACUCUGAAGAAGGGAUCCGUUUCUCAAGGAGAUGCGUUGAAACCUGAAUUCGUCCGUGAUAGGGAACCAUGGCUCACGAUGGUCGGGCUUUGCGCUAUUGUUGACCCACCUCGUCCCGAAUGUAUCGUUGCCAUCGAAGAGGCYCACCAUGCUUCUGUCCGUGUUGCCAUGAUYACCGGAGAUCACAAGGAUACCGCUCUUGCUAUUGGCGCCUCCCUUGGACUYGUCGACACUGAGCACCCCGCAGCUGUCACCGGACCUGAACUUGAUGCCAUGUCUGAUGAUGAAAUCAAGAAGGCCGUCAUGACUUACAAUGUGUUCGCUCGUGCUUCCCCUGAGAAUAAGAUCAGAAUCGUGAAGGCGUUGCAAUCGCAAGGUGAAGUUGCAAGUAUGACCGGGGACGGUGUGAAUGAUGCCCCUGCUCUGAAGGCUGCCAACAUGGGAGUUGCAAUGGGUAAGGAGGGUACUGAUGUCGCUCGUGAGGCUGCUGAAAUGAUUUUGGCCGACGAUAACUUUGCCACUAUUCUUUCUGCUGUCAAGGAAGGUCGUGUUGUGUGGGACAACCUUCGUAAGGUUCUUAUGAUCAACACUCCUAUCAACAAUGCUCAAGGUCUUUCCGUAUUGUUUGGAAUCAUCUGUGGAUUCAACMGAGGAACUGCACAAAACGACAAGGUUAUUCUUACAGCYAUUCAAGUUCUGUACUGCAACCUGAUUUGCGCCGUCACUCUUGGAUUCGUUGCCGCUGUCGAACCGGCCGAAGACGGUAUCAUGGACGUUCCUCCUCGACGUGUUGGAAAGCGUCUCAUUGGUCGAUUCCUCUUCCUACGUAUCGCUUUAGGAACCGUUGUCUUAGUAUUCRUCACUGUGGCAUCUGCGUUCUGGGCUGAAGACAUCCUUGUGAAUCAAUACGGUUUGGACAAAUUUUCUCGGGAMUGUAUCGAUCGUGUCCAUUCUCAGGCAUCAAACAGUUUGACCUUUGGAGCUUGCUUCGUAACCGUCAGUGCGCGAUUCUCUUUCUCGAAUGCGGUGCAUCCGCGUGCGUUCAAGGACAACCCAGCAGUGUUGUGGUCCCUUUUGAUCGUCACUCUUCUUCAGCUCGCCAUUACCUACAUUCCUGUCUUGAACRGUGUUGUAUUUGCUAUGGCACCGAUGAAGGCAUUCCAGUGGGGAAUUGUUCUUUUGGGUGGUUUGAUUGUAUUCAUCUCCCUGGAACUCGAGAAGGCGCUUCGCCGUUACCUCAAGGCCCACGGUUCCGACGUCGASGAUUCCGAAUAUGGCAUUUUCGAUAACAAGGUCCCUYUACCCAACCAGGAUAUUCGUUUGCCAAAGGGAGCUUCUCAUUUGAGGCUCACCCAUGUCAAGGAUUAAAUUUGCGGUUGUGUCUCGUAUCAUGCCUAGCAGCGAGAUUAAAUGUGAUUUCAUGAGUUUCAGUUUGGAGAGAGGAUAAUUGUAACGAUUGAUAGUAAAAAUGUUUCGAUAAG